AUGAGUUUAAGAUUAUUAUUACCAAAAUUGGAUAUCAGUGUUCGAACUACUAGUCAUAGUCCAUUCCAAUACCCAUCUGACGAAGAGAUCUUUCUGUACAAUGACAGUAAGUUUAAAAAAUAACUCUCAUUUCACAAGUCAAAUACAAAAGUUUGGAAUAAGGAAACCGCAACCAGUAGAACCUAAUUGACCAGAUUUGAAGUAUGUGGUUCUUAUUUAUUUUAAAGAAAGUAAGUACACCCUACGACGAAAAUUACACAAAAAAUAAUAAACUAUUCAAGGAGAAGGAUUAGCAAAGGAUCAAAGAUGCUUUGAAUAUUAUUAAAGAACGCAAAUUGGAAAAAGAAGAGCAGAACAAAAAAGGCGUUACCUUAGUUUCUAAUGUUAAAAUCAUCGAGGACAAAAGAUAGUUAUUUUUGAUUUCACAAUCCUAUAACACAAUGGAAAAUGAAAUCAAAAAAAUGAAAGAAGGUUAAAAGGAGAAACAGGAAGUCUUCUUUUAGAGCAUGAAAAUGCUGUAGCAAGAUGCAGAUAAUUUUUAGUAGUUUCUGGAUACAAACAAAGCGGCAAGAGCAGAUGCAGAAUUAAAAUUAGAAAAUGAAAUCAAAGAUAAAAAAGCUAAGGAGGCUAUCAUCAAACAACUUAAUAUAAAGAUGACCAGCAUUAGAGGUGAAAAACAAAGGAUGGAGGAAUUGAUUACUGCUUACAUUGAUCAUAAAUAGUUCUUAGAUAAGUUGGCACCAAAAGAAUGGCAUGACAAUAAAGCAAAACUCAAGAGCUUGCUACUCGAUAAACUCAAAGAAAUUAGUAUUCUUGAGGGCAAACUCUAGAAAUCCAAUUAAUCUGAUCAAACAAUAUAAUUGUAUUAGAAUUAAUAAAUUGUAGUUAGGAAGAAUUAGAAGAUUUUGAAGAUGAAUUUGAAAUGUAUUUUAAACAUCCAUAAUAAUUAAUUUCUAUAUUCAAUGACUUGGAGGAGAGAAACUUAUUCUUAAUUUAAACUGCUUAAGAAACAGAAUAAAAUCUUGAAGAAGUUAAAUCUAAAUUUCAAAAGUUGAAAUAAGAAAAAAGUAUUAAAAUUCAACAAUUACAUGAACAAAAAGAAAUCUUAAAAAAGAAAUUGGAUGUAUCUACAACUCAUAUUCAUUUUAGAUAAUGACACAAGAAUUGAAAGAUAUGUAAUUAGGAGGUAUAAUUAAAGCAUCCGGAAAAGAACAGAAAGACUUAGGAUAAUAAAUAAUAGAAGUUUAUUAAUAAUUUCAAAUAGAUAUGAUACAAGUUUAAGACAUUUAAACUAGACCAACUUUAUUCAUAUUAGGAUUAAUAGAAUAGUUAAUUGAAAAGCUUUUAAAAUAAGUCAAGACUUUCAAACCGGAAAGAGUAUAUCAUUAUGUAAAUCAUUAUGAAUCAUAAUUAGAAAUAAGAAAUUGAUAAUAAAGGCAAGGCAGAUAAAAGAAAAGAAAAUGCUGAUAGGUAGCGAGAAGAAGAGGCUGCAAGAAAUAGAAUUAAUUAGUUGAAAUUAAUGUAACCAAGCAAAAAAAAAAGUGGAAGACUUAACAUGUUCAGAUCAAGACCCAUUGAAAAAUAAGUUGAGAUAGCAUAAGAGAAUCACGAGGAUGUAGAUACUGAAGACUUCAAAUAUUUUGAAUGA